UAUCAUACUCCAACUCACAUAUGAAUGCUGUUUCUGUUUGACUUGAAACAACAAGGAGGCCGGCCGGCACUUUUUUAGUUUUUACAGAAGAAGAAGCGUGGCGUGGAAAUGGAGUCUCCAUUUAAGGCUGAUACAGUGAAAGGCAAAGUAGGUUUGAUCACUGGAGGUGGAUCAGGAAUUGGGUUUGAGAUUACUAAAGAAUUUGGUAAACAUGGAGCUUCUGUUGCUAUCAUGGGCAGGCGCAAAUCUGUUCUUGAUUCCGCCGUCUCUUCUCUUCGCUGUCUCGGAAUUCAGGCAAUUGGGUUUGUAGGAGAUGUUCGUAAGAACGAAGACGCAACUAGAGUUGUCGAUGAAACUUUUCAACAUUUUGGGAGGAUUGACAUUCUUGUUAAUGCUGCUGCUGGAAAUUUUCUUGUGCCUGCUGAGGAUUUAUCACCUAAUGGCUUCAAAACAGUCAUGGACAUCGAUACUGUUGGCACAUUCAGAAUGUGCCAUGAAGCUCUGAAAUAUAUAAAGAAAGGAGGUCUAGGAAGGGAGGGCACAUCUGGCGGUGGAACCAUUCUCAACAUAAGCGCCACUUUACACUAUUCCGCAACUUGGUAUCAAAUUCAUGUGUCUGCAGCUAAGGCAGCUAUUGAUGCCAUGACAAGGUCAUUGGCAUUGGAGUGGGGCACUGAUUAUGAUAUAAGAGUCAAUGGGAUUGCACCAGGACCCAUUAAUGACACGCCUGGAUUGAGUAAGCUUGAUCCACAUGAAAUCCAAUCUGGAGCCCCCGUGCAUCGGUUUAUAUCAGGAGAGAAGUGGGAUAUUGCUAUGGCUGCUCUUUACCUAGCUUCAGAUGCAGGUAAACACAUCAACGGAACUAUACUUGUGGUUGAUGGAGGAGACUGGUUUAACAGGGCCUCCCAUGUUUCAAAAGAGGCGGUAAAGGAACUGUCCCGAAGUGUGGAGAAGAGAUCAAGAUCUGGUGCAGGAGCCCCUGAAAGUGGAAUUCCAACCCGCAGUAAAAUGUAGUAGUCAGUGACAACAAAAACCCAUCUAGUGUGAAGCUUCAAAUACAGUUUAGUGCAAACAGUGAGUGGUUUUAGAACACUUCUUGUAAUAAAAUUGUUAUUGAUUAUCGAGGGGAUGGAUUAUAAUGUGAGGGAAACACGAUAUGCUUUCAUUUGCCAUGAUGUUAGCAUUUGAGCAAUAUUUAUUUAUAACAACAAUUACAGUCCAAACACA